AUGGAAUCAGGUGAUUUUUCAAGACGUUUGCUUGACGAAAUUCGUCAAAAUGCUUUGGAGCUUCAUAGACUCCUUUCAUUGUCUGUCACCGAUGGUUCCUAUUGUUGCGAUUUCGAUUCCUUUACCGACCUUAAUCCAUUUUCUGCAUCAUCAAGUACGGCUACAAUCGCAUCAUCGGCAGGGAAAAUCGAGUUUCCGGUUGUGGGAGUUAAUGUACCAGUACAUAACCAAGAAAUUGAUAUUUGGAAAGCCGAAAGUCUUAUGCAGUAUUCGCUUCUUCGGUCGGCAUUUGGCGCAGCUGAAGUUGCUGCUUGUAAUGCUGUUGAAAUUGCUUCUGAAUGCUGUAAAUUAGUUACCGUCAUAAAAAGACUGCUCUAUUUAUUGAGUUCGGAGGAUUUGGCAAGGUUGUGCGAUGAUUACACCCGAGUUUACGAAGAAAAUGCUAUUCUUUCUAGGGAAGUUUGCUCAAGGAACUGUAUUAUAGUGAAUGAACAGUUGGCUCAGUCCUUCAGAACUCCAGGAAAACCGAUGUAUUCUGAUCUCAAUCGAACAGGUGUUUUUGAGAUUGUUGAGAAAAUAUGUGAGCAGGCUGAGGAUGAAAGAGAAAUCCUUGAGACUGAGCUUCGCAAUGCACGAUAUGAUCUGGAUCGAGCGCAAGAAUCUCACGAAGUAUCUCGGAAGACCAUCUCCUACAUUAAGACACAAUUAGAAUCGGAAAGCAAGCGUUAUGCGUGUUUGGAGGGCUCCUCAUCUGAGGUUGUAUCUAUCAUUCGUGAUAUUGCAGCAGAGUUUGAUUGCUCGGAAUCGGACCUCGGUGGUCUUCAGGUUGCACAGUGUCUUAAACGUCAAGUUAAGGAUUUAUUAGCAGUAUUUCCAUGGCUUCGAUCGUGGAGAAGCAGGGAACGGCCUCCUGUUGAGUCAUACGGAGGGGCUAACCCUUAUCACAUUCUUCAUCUCAAGGAUUUAGAACUCAAGGAAAAAGUCGACAAGUUAGAGGCAACCACGUCUUUUAUCAACGAUUUGGGUAUUGAACUAAAAGACUUGAAGGAGGAGAGAGCGCGACUUCGUGCAGAAUUGGAAUGCAAAAAUCUCCUUAUUCGAAAGCUUCGUGAAGAGGGGGCUGAGAAGAGCAUUCAAAUCGACCGAUAUAGGGCAACCUUCGAUGCCCUUUUCGAACCAAGUACCGCAGCUAACUUCGCGAAACGAGUUGCGGAGCAAUACCGACGUUACAAACGCAAAUCGUCUUUUAAGAGUACAUUAGAGCCAGCGGCUUCUACUGAUACUAUGUCAUCCGAAGUAACCUCGAACGUUCCCAGUUGUCAGCACUCGCGUUUCGAGGCUGUUCCUUGUACUACCUUUAUGCCUCUGCCUAAAUCUUUCCCUACGAAGAUGCCUGGUCGUGACAAAGAAAAUGUUUCCAACAAUGUGGAAUCCAGCACGCUGAAUUUAACGUCGGCUAGCCUUGAGCGGCAAAUUAGCUUUGAACGUGGCACGGAACAAACUGUCGCUAAACCUCUGAACACUCCCCCAACGAAGACUGAUUUGAAGCGCAUCAGAUUGGAUGAGGCUCGAAAUCCUAUCUCCAAGACUAUGCACAAGCGAGUAUACCGGUUCAGUCAGAAGAAUGACUUCAGAUCGUCGAAGAUGAGUGCUUCGUAG